CUGACCGCUGAUUGCUUGUUUACAUACUGUAUGCUUUUGAUAAAUCUGCUUUAAUUUUAAAACAAGAGACAUUUUUGGAGGCAUGAAUUAAUCAUUCGUGCUGCACGGGAGAUGUGCCACGUUUGUUUUUUUGCUGCUUCUUCCUUUUUCUUUUUUUUCUUUUUUAAAGAUUAGGGUGGAAGCUGUCAUCGUAAUGGUAAUUCAUAGCUGGGUAGCCAUGGUGAAGUCAAUUUCCCCCUCCCUCUGCCACUGCUGAAUGCAUUAGUCUAAUGAGAUGUCUGCAGCCUGUGUGCCGAGCAGCAGCAGCAGCAGCAGCAGCAGCAGCAGCAGAGGCAGCAGUGUGUUAACCAAAAGGGGGGACGAGGAAAAAGCCACACACAGCAAGAGCAAGAUGGCUUUGCCUUCAUUGUUAGGGAUCUAGCUUUAUGGUCACCUUUAGGCUCCUGGGAUUUAAGACAAAAGGGCUUGGCUCUUGGGUUUUCACAAUAGACGACAGCAGCUCCAAAUGAGUGUACCUGCAGCAACGGCACAGAAAUCAGACGGCAACAACAGUGAAAUGCAAUCAGCUGCAGUGGCUCCCUCCUUCAUCCCCAGCCAGUCGGGGAAGAUACCGGGCAGGAAGAGAGGGAGACCCCCGCUCCGCAAUGUCGCCAAGAUGGAUUUUCCAAACCGUUACCCUGAAUCGCUCCCUCCACUCAAAGUGCCAAAGAAGAGGGGGAGAAAGCCGGGCUUCAAGCUCAAACCCAGGAUGGUGAUGACACCGUUGGCUAUCUCUCCACCCAGCAGCACCCCUGAGCCCGAUAUGAGCUCCAUUCCUCAGGAUGCUGCCACCAUCCCCCACUCUGCCACGCCCCAGGUGCUCACAGUCUGUAUCUACAUCAACAAACAGGCCAACACUGGCCCCAACCUGGACAGGAAGAAGAUCCAGCAGCUCCCCGAUCACUUCGGACCCGACAGACCCUCUGUGGUGCUGCAGCAGGCGGUCCAAGGCUGCAUCGACAGCGCCUUCCAGCAGAAAACAGUGUUCACUCUCCUCACGCAAGGCUACGGGGGAGAAAAAAUAUCAGCCACAUUUGAUGGGAAGCAGCACCUCCUCAGCCUCCCCGUGGUGAACAGCAUCGACUAUGUGCUCCGCUUUCUGAAGAAGCUCUGCCGCAGCUUGCACUGUGAAAACCUCUUCAGUGAUCAGCCCAUUACCCAGCACAGUGGUGGCUCCUACCAGUCGGAUGCUGAAACAUCGAUGGCCGAGGACUACCACUUAGACCAGUCUGACGGCAAACGCUACUCCGUGGACCCUGGCGAUUCUGCUUUCAGCUCCAUAAGCUCGUCCUACUCGCCAAAGUCCUCCUACGGGUUUCGUUCGUCACAGCAGUUCUCCAAUGGCUCAGCCUCCAUGAGUAUGUGCAGGCAGUCAUCCACCAGCCCAAACACGUUCCCCGAGAGCAACAGGACAGGAGGUUAUAAUGCAUCUACAGAGCCCCAGGAGUCCAAGGCUCCACCCAAUAAAGACCCAUCCACCUGGUCUGUGGAAGAUGUUGUCUGGUUCAUCAGGGAUGCGGACCCACAGGCUCUCGGCCCCCACGCAGACGUCUUUAGGAAACAUGAGAUCGAUGGAAACGCUUUGUUACUCCUAAAGAGCGACAUGAUCAUGAAGUACCUCGGACUGAAGCUGGGGCCGGCCUUGAAGCUUUGCUACCACAUCGACAAACUAAAGCAGACUAAGUUCUGAAAACCCUAUACGAUAUAUUUCCCCUCCUUGAGUCCAACAAUACAUUUGAAAAGGGACCCCAGGUCUGUGGGCCAACGGGAAGAGAGGAGGAUCUGCAAGCAUGGGAACUGCCCAUUGGUUCGACAGCCCAUUGUUCCGACCAUAUUAAACUCAUUGUUCCGAAGUCCGU